CUAGGUCAGAUCUUUUUGGGUUGCUACAGUAGGACGGUGCUACAGUAGGGCGGUGCUACAGUAAAUGGCCACCUAUCCUUAUGUGUUGUCUUGAUCGGAGACAUCGAUUUUGAUCCAACGGUGCUGGUUCCCCUAGUGCAUAGUGCUAAACAUAUAUAAAGGGGUCAAAUGACCCUAGAAGAGUGGAGAACACACGGCUGCUCUCAGUUCUCUCUCUCACUCUCUCUCUCACACAAAUUAAGCCACCGAUCAGGCUAGCACUAAAGCACUGGGAAGAAUCAAGCACAAGUUGCUCCAUUUUGGUGUGAGCAAUUAAACAAGAGGAGACAUGGCAUCAUCUUCAGAUCAAGCAACUAAUGUCUCUAAUAUUGCUGGAAUGCUAAAUGGCAUCGAACAGCUAAAUGGCAGCAAUUAUGUCACGUGGAAGGAGAAGCUUGAGAUCACUAUGGCCUUACUCAAUAUUGAUUAUGCUCUCCUUAAUGAUCCUCCUGAGGUGCCUAAAGAAAAUAAUGAAAAUUAUGAAGCCCUCAAGAAGGAAUAUGACAUUAUUAAGACUAAGUGGGAUGACUCUAAUCGCAAGUGCCUUAUGAUGAUAAAGGGCUCCAUUACACAGAGUAUGAGGGGAGCCCUUCCUGAUUGUGAGACAGCAAAAGGGUACUUUGCAAAAAUUGAGCAUCAAUUUAAAGGGUCUUCUAAAGUUUAUGCAACAAGUCUUAUCAGAAGGCUAAUUGAUGAAAAAUAUGAUCCCACUUGA